UGCGCUUACGUAAAGAUCGCGAGGGCGGGAAACCGAGCCGGCGGCCGGCAGACCGCAAGCAGCAGCAGUCGUCCUCGCCGGCUUCUGGCCCCUCCGUCGCCACUUCUGCGAGUGCCGCGGCACCGAACACAUCUCGCAGUGCGCUUCUACAGCCAUCGAAGCGGGCAGACCUCAGCACGCUACACGUGCAGGUCGGACGCGUGUAAACUGCCAGUUAAAGCUCCUACAUUCUCCUUUCCACCUAUCGAUAUAUUUCUUUGCCUGCGGCGGAGCUCUCUGCUUGAAAAGAAGUGACCUGUGUAACGUAAGAGAAGCGAAUAUUUACUGUCGAUAAGAGAAUCUCUUGAAUGACUUGCAACAGGUUACUGACCUCAGCAACUCUGUGCGCUUCCUCGCUGGCCUUAAAUCGUACCCCGAGGGCUCGCUGCAAUGAGUCUCAGCAAACAGCUGCUAAACCGAGACGCUCUACACAAAUCCGGAAGUAAGCAAGCGUAAUUCGGGCUGUGGAUUGUGUAUUAUCUCAGACCGCACAGUUUACUUAUUGCUCUGGCAUUGCCGUGGAUUACGCACAAUGACUACGAGCUUCCUAAGACGCUGCUCAGCUAAAUAGCGACGGAAUCUGCAUCUGCUUUCUUUUAACAGCAUAGGCGUGCGUGAGUCGGCACGAAUUGCUUCUGCUCGUGCUUCUGGUAAAUACGGCGGCGUCAGAGGGAAGCGGGUAUAUUUCGCGCCACCGCAUCCCGCACUACUUGGACAAACUAGAAACGAAAUUCGAGAUAACUUCUUCGAGUGUGGACGAGGAGUCUCAUAAAUUGUGACAAUAUGGAUUCAGGCAGCGAAGGAGUAGUAACGAGUGUGAUUAAAAGUGGUGGUGCAUUGCACGAAGACUCACUCGGUAAUUACCUGCAUUCGAAGACAACCGUAAAUUCCACGUCACCGGUUCAGAUUUGCAAAGAAACGUUUCCUGAAAGUGUAUGUACGGACGAAAUCGAUCGCUAUGGUAAAAUGGACUACACAGCGAGGGAGGAAUGCGUGACAAAUUCACACGCUUCCGGAUCCGAGAAACUCAACGAACUGGAAUGCCGUCCCGCAACGGAGACCGCGGUUCGCUCGCCCGCUGACGCUCCUGCGACAGAUCGGGAACUGAGUACAGCGAUCGACCAGUGCAGAUCGAUUGCGAACGGCGCUGUGGAAAACAGUCCUUCCACGGACAUCGGUCGCGGUACCGAGAGUGAAAGCAGUGAGACGGGAUCGGCGGACGCGACAAACGGUGUCAGGGAGACAACACCAGUGGACGGUGGAACUGCUUUGCAAAGUAGCGAGGAAGUGCCUCGCCGCUGCUUCGGAGGGCAGGUCGCGUCGGUGCGUCCCAGUAGUGAAGCGCCUCCCCAGCAACACGGCGGCGGUCUCCCUAUGCCCGAAGGAAACGCUGAGCCCGUGGCAGUCGCUGCUGGUCAAAACACAAUGUCUACCGAAAGCUGCGCUUCCAGCGAGCGAUGUCGACCAGAAGAGGGGUCGGGUGACAAGACUGGAGACACCAACAGUAAUGACAGCGCCUCUACGGUUGUUCCGAAGAGCAACGGUGGCUUCGACAACCCGGCUUUCGUCGGCGACGGCGACAGACCGCCUGCGAAAGAGAAGAGCCUCGACGCCAAAGUGGAGAGCGACACGGAACGCGGCGGGGAGUCUUCGGGCGCGGCUCGUGAGAGGCGCCGUAUCGUGGCGAACGUGCUGGUGCUGAGCUUCGCCUUCCUGGUCCACUUCACGGCCUACUUCGGCGCGGCCAACCUGCAGAGCUCGGUGAACGCGUCCGAGGGACUGGGCACCGAGUCUCUGGUGGUCGUGUACGCGGCCCUCAUAGUCUCCAGCUUCUUCUUGCCCGCCACCGUCAUCAGGCGGCUGGGCUGCAAGUGGACGCUGGUGGCGAGCAUGGCGGUCUACACGCCGUACCUGGCGGCGCAGUUCUGGGCGACGCGCGGCUCCCUGCUGCCGGCGGCGGCCCUGGUGGGGCUGGGCGGCGGCCCGCUCUGGUGCGCCAAGUGCUCCUACCUCACCGCCGCCGCCCGCCGCUUCGCCAGCCUCGCCGGGCAGCGCGACGACGACGUCCAGGUGCGCUUCUUCGGCGUCUUCUUCACCAUCUUCCCCGUCGCCAACGUCCUGGGCAACGCCAUCUCCUCCCUCGUGCUGACGGCGGGCGCCGACGCGGAGGUGGCGGCCGGCGUGUCGUGCGGCGCCUCCUUCUGCCCCAGCGAGCCGGACGCGGACGCGAACCCCAACCUGCAGCGGCCGCCGCUGUCGCAGCUCUACACGCUCAACGGCGUCUUCCUGGGCUGCAUGCUCGCCGCCGCCACAGCCGUCGCCGUCUUCCUCGCCCCUCUGGAUAGCGCUCCGGACGAGGAGGAGGCGUCGGGGCUGCGACUGGUGACGGCAUCGGCGCGCCUGCUGCGCGACCCGCUCCAUUGCCUCGUCACGCCCAUCGCCGUCUUCUUCGGAGUCACGCAGGGCUUCCUCGGCGCCGACUUCACGCAGGCGUACGUGUCGUGCUCGUGGGGGAUCCCGCACAUCGGCUACGUGCUGAUGUGCUACGGCGCCGUCAACUGCGCGUCCUCGGCCGUGGUGAGCUGGGUGUCCAAGUCCGUGGGCCGCGUCGUCGUCAUCUCCAUCUAUCUGCUGUUCUACGCGCCCAUCCUGGUGACACUCUUCUUCUGGCAGCCCGACCCCACCGUCAGCACCGCCGCCUUCUUCAUCUUCGUCUCAUUCUGGGGGGUCACUGACAGCGCCUUUCUCGUCGUCAACGCACUGUUCGGCAUCCUGUUCCGCGGCAACGAGCAAGCGGCGUACAGCAACUUCCGGGUGUUCGAGAGCGUGGGUUUCAUCGUGUCGUACGCGUACAGCCCGGUGCUGUGCACGCACGUCAAGCUGUGGCUGAUGGCCGGCCUGCUGGCUGUGGCCGCCGGCUGCUACUGGUUCGCGGAGUGGCUGGCGAGGCGCCGGGACGCCGCCUCCUUCUGGCCCCACGACAAGCAGAGGGAGCGCCAGCACCAGCACCAGCACGACCACCACAGAGACUCCUACAAGAAGCCCGCCGGCAAGGCUCUGCACGGCUGGUAGCGACUUCAGGAAGUGGGGAGGGUACAGCGAUCGAGACGACCCACACCCACACCCUUCAUUUGUACACUCACUUACUAGCGAGAGAACUGAUGCCGUCUUCCCAGUUUGUUUGGAUAUUAUACGCCGUCGAGUCCCAUCGUGACCACUUACUAGCACCCACAGCUGUUAUCGGGGUUGGAAGCAACUCAGCUACUGACAGGUCACCACGGUCGUACGGAGUCAUACAGUGCACAGUGCUUCACCACUGACGUGUAUUAGGGUAUAGCGAUGUAAGCGGCCCUACACAGUUUCGGUUGGGACAAGAGAAGUAGUUUGAAGUUUUCUUCACACUCUUCCUCGGCAGACAUUUCUGGAAGUGCGCUAAAGUGCAUUAUCCCACUGAACGUCUUUGUUAUCCGCUUUGAAUAGAGCCAUUCCCUUUUACAGUCCAAAUCAUAUCGGUCAAAGGCUUCAUUACAAAUUGGGUCAUUUUUGCUAGACAACGCCUUGAAAACGUCCCCUGCAAUGUAAAGUUGUGGCCAUCUCUUCUAUUAAUGCUUGUUGUGCCUAUUCUCCAACAGUCUCCAACUAGUAUACCUAUGCCGAUCUGUUUUAUCAAACAAUAAAUGUGACUCAUUGAUGUUCUAUUGUAUUGUAUGUUAACUGGGAACCUAGAAACGACGGAGUGGCUUCAUCCCCGCCGCAGCUGCAGUGGUUCACAACCCCACAAUGACUACCGCAGUUCACUUCACACGUCACACCGAACCCAGAAUUAUUAUGCGAUUCGGCCCCCCAUGGACCCCCAAGGAGCGUCUCACACCAGACGAGUGUAGCCCCUAUGUUUUCGUGGCAGAGUAAUGGUGGUGUACGCGUAUGUGGAAAACUUGUUUGCGGCAGCAAUCGCCGACAUAGUGUAACUGAGG